CUUGUUUAUGAACAAUGUACCAGGAAUCGUUGCAAAUUUUGCCAAAAGAUUUGAAGAUGAUCUUGAGGAUGCGGUAUAUCACAAAGCAUUGUUGUUAGGGACUUCCAAACUUGGUAAAAGAGCUCUUGUUUGUCUUCAAAGCCAUUUCUUUGUAGACUUGCUUCUGGAAGUUUGUAUGUAUCCACAAUUUUGUGAAGAAGAUAAAGAAGGAAUGAAAUCCGUUGACUGGAUGAGACACAUGGCUCUUGAAAAAUGAAGAAAUCUUUCGUGGAUUCUAAAGAAUAUGUGACGAUGCUUCCAUCUUGGCUAGUAUCUAUUUUGAAUAGAGCCAUGUUGUCCAUAAACAUUUUCCACAUGGCCGAUAUUUCGAUGAUAGGCGCAUCUUCGGAGCUUGUACUUUUCUCUUUUUGUAUUGGUUGACGGAUACCAGCAAUGCUUUGGAGCUGUUGCCAUUUUAGGUGAAGAAUUUCCCAACGUAAUGACCAGUUCUCUUGCAAUAUUUUAAAUUUUUCUGAAACUUGUUCGAAAGAUUCGUUGUGUUUUUCAUCACUCUUCUGUCAUGUCUUGAAAUUUGUAUAUUAGACUUCAGUUUGUUUCUUAC